AUGCCAGCAGGUGUUCCGGAGAAUACCUCGUUAGAAAAUAUACCGACCAUUGUUUCAAAAUGUCGCGAGGCGUUCAACAAUGACGCUAACAGGGAUUUGAAGAAGCGGAAGCAGGUGUUAAGGUCUUUACUCAACCUUGUUGAAGAAAACACUGAUGAAUUUUGCAAAGCAAUACACCGAGACCGCCGUCGCCACCGCGACGAAACGGUAGUAAUGGAGAUAUUACCGUUACGUAACGAGGUGUGGCAUUUAAUUGAGCACAUGGACGAGUACGUUAAACCAGUUAAACCAACUAUGGAGGGCGCUGCUGCUUUGGAUGACUGCGAAUUGCAGUACGAACCACUGGGCGUUGUGCUCGUUAUCGGCACUUGGAACUACCCGUUGUUGUUGAUUCUCCAGCCUCUUUUGGGGGCUCUGGCCGCCGGUAAUACAGCUGUUAUUAAGCCGAGUGAACUUGCCCCCGCUACAGCGGAGUUGUUAACAAAACUUUUGCCCAAGUACGUUUCUUCGGAUGUUGUCGGUAUUGUAAAUGGCGGGGUAAGCGAAACAACAGCUGUGCUGAAGGAACGUUUUGAUCAUAUUUUGUACACGGGCAGUGCACGUGUAGCAGAGAUUGUUAUGGCGGCUGCAGCAAAACAUCUUACGCCAGUUACACUUGAGUUGGGAGGAAAAUCACCUGUUGUCGUUGACGAUAGCUGUGCGGACAAUAUGAAGGUGGUAGCGGAGCGCAUAAUGUGGGGUAAAAUUAUCAACGCAGGUCAAACAUGUAUAGCGCCUGAUUACGUUGUCGUCGAAAAGUCUAUGGAAUCCGUGCUUGUUGAUGCACUUGCUGAAGCUCGAAAGGCGAUGUUGGGUGACAAGUUUCUUAAAGUACUUAAGGGAGAACUUCUGGUGAAGCAGAAACAACAGUUUUUGGAAGAAAGCGAUUAUCCGCGUAUUGUCAAUGCCAGUCAUUUUCAUCGUCUCAUGGAAUUUAUGAAGGGCGGAAAAGUAGCAGUGGGUGGAGAGGCAGACGAGGCAACUCUCACUAUUGCUCCUACUAUUCUCACAGACAUUGACCCCACACACCCAGUGAUGCAGGAGGAAAUAUUUGGACCUAUUUUACCCGUAUUAACGUAUGAAAAUGAAAAAGACAUCCUUAAAAUAAUAAACAGCCGGGAGAAACCACUGGCACUUUAUGUCUUUUCCAACAAUAAACGAUUUAUUAGAGGUGUUGAGUCGCGCACAUCCUCGGGUGCCGUUGUGGUGAAUGAUGUUGUUGUGCAUGCGGGAGCAGAUGGGUUACCAUUUGGUGGCGUAGGACGCAGUGGCAUGGGAGCCUAUCAUGGCCGCUACAGCUUCGAAACCUUUUCUCAUCGGCGACCUGUUAUGCGACGCGGGUUCUUUUUUUCAUCUAUCGACACCGUCCGGUUUCCCCCUUAUACUACUGCAAAGUCUCGUGUUCUUAACAGUUUGCUGAAGCCAUCGGCGGAAGUUGCUGGGGCUGUUGGGCGAUCAGUUUGGGGUGUGGCAGCGCUGGCCAGAGUUGUUGAAGUUGGCUACCACUAUAUGCGUUUUUUAAUGGCAGGUGAAACCACGCCUGCACCAUCGUCAUCAGAGCCUUUUUCUAAAGGUCCGAGGAGCAAUGAAUGA